CUGCACGAGAUCGACGAGGCCAGCCCGCUGUGCAUCAGCCGGCAGGACCUGGAGGCGGACGACUUCGAGAUCGUGGUGAUCCUGGAGGGCAUGGUGGAGGCCACGGCCAUGACCACGCAGGCCCGUAGCUCCUACCUGGCUAGCGAGAUCCUCUGGGGCCACCGCUUCGAGCCCGUCCUCUUUGAGGAGAAGAACCAGUACAAGAUUGACUACUCGCGCUUCCACAAGACCUACGAGGUGCCCGCCACACCCCGCUGCAGCGCCAGGGACCUGGCGGAGAACAAGUUCCUGCUGCCCGGCACCAGCUCCUUCUGCUACGAGAACGAGCUGGCCUUCCUGAGCCCUGACGAGGAGGACGUGGCCGAGGACGACCCGGCGGGCGGCCCUCAGGCCAGGCUUGGCCUCGCCAGGCCCCCGGCCAGCAGCAGUGCUCUGGAGCCGCGGCCCUACCGGCGGGAGUCGGAGAUAUGAGUGGCCGUGGGCCACGGGGCAGCCUCUGAAAGGUGGCCAACGCAGCCGCAUGUUAGAUGCUUCAGGCUUCACGUGGUCUUGGGAGGCCGGCAGGAGCGUGGGUGGCAGGAGCGGGUGUCCCUGGCCUCAGAGGCCCACGCAGGCUCCGGGCCGCGCCGCAGGGGCUGGUGCGUCUGCCUGAGGGAAGAGCUGCAGGCCACCCCCAACGGCUCCACAGCCGCCCGCCCUUGGUGCAGGCCGCUGGCUGCAGGCACCCGCUUGUUUUAACUUGGGAAGAAAUCAGGGGUCUCCACUUUCUCAGUCUCAGUUUGAGGAACCUCUUUACAAAAGAAUUAACAUGUGAUUAAACCUUUUUUUAAUUCAUGGGCUACAAAAAAGGACACAGAGAAUUCCACUGUUUGCCUGGAUGCAGGCAGUGGGCGGAGGCUCCGCCAGGCUCCCUGGGGCUGGAGGGCCAGGGCCGACCGCGCUGUGACCCCUGUGCGCACGGCUGGGCCAGGGCCCUUUUGUGGUGGAAAAACCAGGGCCGUGUUAAUGCUCACGAGGCUCCCGGGGUCAUGGAGGCGGGCGCUGGGACAGAACAACUGGUUUCUGGAGUUCGACUUUGCACUUAGAGGUGCCCCUCAGGGUCGGAUGUGAGCCCUGCCUGCCACGGAGGGUCCCCUCCCCCAGCGCCCUGGGGUCCUCGUGUUUGCUGCUCUCUCCUUUGCUGCCCGGGCUCCCACCCUCCACAGAGAGGGGCCUCUGCAAACACGCAGGAGUGGGUGCUCCUGGGGAGGGCACCUGGCAGCCCCACCCGUGAGGCCCAGAGGAGUGGUCUAGGACUCCCCUGAACCCCUCCCCGACGCCACCAUGCAGUCCCCACAGCCCCUCUGUCUGCAGAGGCCAGGCUGAUGGUGCUCCCCCUGACUCCGGGCAGCAGGGUGGAGCCCAUGAGUGGCAGCCAGGCUGCGCCCUGCUUGAACAGAGAGUACCAGUGCUCAGAGAGAUGCGACCUCUCGCUGAGAGUCAGGAGCGGCACACACACCCAGGAAGGGGUUUGGGCUGUAGGCUCUGCUGACCCAGAAGCAGCACCUGGACCAGCAGCUGCCCAGUGCAGGUUGCUUCUUGGCGGAGAAGCCAGCUGGGCUAGGGGGGUGUUGGGGAGGGCAGAGCAGCCUGGACCCCGGGACAGCCAGGUGCCUUCCCAGGACAACUCAGUGCGCUGCCCUCCAAGUGACCGGGCCCAUAAGGAAGUCAGUAUUAGAGAGCCAGUGGCUCUUGGGCUUGCCUGCCCUGGCUGCUCCAACCUGUGCCCCCACGACAGCUCAAAGCCUGAAGGCACCAGGGACUCGGGCCCAAGUGGGAAACUGAGGCAGCGUGCAAGGUCAUGCAAGUAGGGAGUGGGACUCUGGAGACAGGGAGAAGCCGGGGCCUGGGUAGGCCAGCCUUCCAUUCACUCCAUCCAGCGCCAAGCCCAGAGGCCCUGGAAUCCAGGUCCUGGUGGUGUGGGGUGACCAGGUGCACUCUGCUCAGCUGUGCCCUCAGGGGCCCAUGGCAGGCAACUUAGCUCAAGACCCUGCAGGGAGCAGCCCCUCGCUGCCUGUCUUCUCUUGCCAAAGGCAGAGGCUGUGUUUUUACUCGUCUGCCCUCUCCUCCCUGCCCUGUAUUUAUUUAUUGCUUGUGCUGAAGACCAAAAUAGUCUCCCUCUUUAAUGCACUUGAGGAUGGAGGGUGGCUGGGCGGGCCUAUGGUAUGUGCAGAGCACGGUUCACAUGGCCCCUGGGAGAGUGCGAGGGGGUGUGCUCACGCUUGGUGUGUGGAGAGUAUGUUAACCC